GUGCCUUCAGAUUUUCACUAGAGAGUGAGGUGAGUUCAGUUCAGCUCGCAGUUCAAUUUCGGAACGUCGUACGUGCACGCUGUUGUAGUAGUAAAUAAAGGUCGAGUUCGAGGACGCGUUUAACUAUUUUUUCUCUUUUUCGAUAUUAUUGAACUGUUUUUUUUUUUAAUUGAAAAAGUGCCGAAGAUGGAUCACACGGUUUUGGGCAUGAUGCAUCAUAAUCCCUUCGAGAAUAUCGGGAUGUACGAGCAGCCGAAGCCGCGGUUUAUCUUUAAGAUGCCCCGGGUGGUACCAGAUCAGAAGGCCAAGUUUGAGUCCGAUGAGCUGUUUAGGCGGUUAAGUAGAGAAAGUGAGGUUAAAUACACGGGCCACAGAGACCGCCCCACCGAAGAACGCGUCACGAGAUUCCUAAAAGCGUGCCAAGAAGGUCACACGGAAAUCGCAUUUUCCGCCACCGGUACCAACCUCCAUUUGGUCUUUAAUCCCCCCAACUCUGCCUACAUGUCCGAGAGCCAGUGCGAUUACGAAAAAGACCAACAAAAGGUGAAUAUCAAAUCCUCCUUCAUAAUGAACGGGGUGUGCGUGAGAUGGCGCGGGUACAUCGACCUGGAGCGUCUAGACGGCGUCGGGUGCGUCGAAUUCGACGAGGAGGCGGCGAUGCGCGAGGACGCCACUUUAAGGGACCAAAUGGAGCGUUACACGCAGCGUCUGCGCGAAUACGAAGACAACAAACCGAGAUACAGACUGGACAGGGCGGAUCAGGACGAGUUGCGGAUGCCUAAUAACCACUUGGGUCAUCACGGACAUCACGGGACAGUCACAUCCCGUUGCCACGGACCACCGAGAGGUGAACGCAGGAUGACAUAAGCCGGGGGCGACGUGCAUUAACGAACAUAUCCACACUGGUCAUAAAACCGUUAAUUGUUUUAAAGUACUUAACAAUAAAUAAUAUAAUUAAUAUUAUGUGUAAAAAUAGUGAUUUAUGUGUUAUGGGUUAUUAAAUA